UGAGGAGUGGGAGAUUGUCUACCCAGCACUAUGGAGCAGGGUCCACCAAGAAUCCACUGGGGGAAGUGGUGCAGGAGGCAGCUGCGGCCCUGAUGGAAACUGUGGUAAUAGCAGUGGCAAUAUUAGCACGACUUCUGCAUCCACUCAGGUGAUGGGCAGCUCCCGUGAGGUCCGCUCAGUUUCUUCGUCAUCUGAUGGACAUCUACAACCUGCUGAGGAGGCUUCAGAGGAUGAGGGCUCAGAGGAUGAAUAUGAAUCUCAGGAGUUCUAUCACUGGUCUCCUCUUCCUCAGGGAUAUAAUGCUACUUUUCAGCUACCACCUUCCCCACCUCAGUCACCUACUUCAGAGGAUGGGGAUGAGGUGUUGCUGAGGAUACCAGCUUUUGCUCAGGAGCUCUAUCUGCUGCUCAAGAGGGAUAGCCGUUUCCUGGCACCUGGCUUUGCAGUGGAGGAACGACUAAGAAGUGAGAGGAGGAGUAUCUCAAGCUCUGAGCAGACUCAGACAGAGAGAUCCUGUUACUACAGUGGGUCUGUCCUAUAUUACCCUGGUUCCUUUGCUUCCUUCAGCACUUGUGGUGGAUUGAUGGGCUUUUUGCAGAUAAAUGAGGACUUCAUAUUUAUUGAACCACUCAAUCACACUUUAGCUGUGACAGGUCAUGCACACCGUGUAUACAGACGUAAAAGAUCCAUACAUGAAAGUGUCAAUGAAAAGCCAACUUCUCACAAGAAAAGAAAAUCCAAGGGUCAAAAAGGAGCAGAAGGUGGACGAGGAAAAAGAUAUUCCUAUAAAUUACCUCAAGAAUUUAAUGUGGAGACUGUAGUCAUUGCAGAUCCAGCUAUGGUUUCUUAUCAUGGAGCAGAUGCAGCCAGAAGAUUUAUUCUAACAAUUCUUAAUAUGGUGUUUAAUCUUUUCCAACACAAGAGCCUUGGAGUUCAAGUGAACCUUCGAGUGACUAAGCUUGUUCUACUUCAUGAGACUCCAGCAGACAUGUAUAUUGGACAUCAUGGUGAAAAAAUGCUGGAGAGUUUUUGCAAAUGGCAACAUGAAGAAUUUGGUAAGAAAAAUGACAUCCAUUUAGAGAUGUCCACAAGCUGGGGUGAAGAUCUGUCGCCAGUUGAUGCAGCCAUAUUAAUCACCAGGAAGGAUUUCUGUGUACAUAAAGAUGAACCAUGUGAUACUGUUGGCAUAGCAUAUUUGAAUGGGAUGUGCAGUGAAAAACGAAAGUGUAUCAUUGCAGAGGACAAUGGAUUGAAUCUUGCAUUUACUAUUGCCCAUGAGAUGGGUCACAACAUGGGAAUAAAUCAUGAUAAUGACCACCCAUCUUGUGCAGAUGGUCUCCAUAUCAUGUCUGGAGAAUGGAUUAAAGGGCAGAAUCUUGGAGAUGUUUCAUGGUCUCGGUGCAGCAGAGAAGACCUGGAAAGAUUUCUAAGGUCAAAGGCCAGUAACUGCUUGUUGCAGACAAAUCCCCAGAGCCUCAACUCUGUGAUUAUUCCUUCGAAACUGCCAGGAAUGACAUAUACUGCAGAUGAACAGUGUCAGAUUCUCUUUGGACCAAGUGCUGCCUUUUGCCAAGAAAUGCAGCAUGUUAUUUGCACUGGAUUAUGGUGUAAAGUGGAAGCGGAGAAGGAAUGUAAAACAAAGCUGGAUCCACCAAUGGAUGGAACUGAUUGUGACAUUGGAAAGUGGUGUAAGGCUGGAGAAUGUACCAGUAAAAUGCCUUUCGCUGGUCAUAUGGAAGGGGAAUGGAGUUCAUGGAGUGCUUGUAGCAGAACUUGCAACACUGGAAUCAGCAGUCGACAGCGUAGAUGCUCUGGUCCAGUUCGUGAAGGGAGGGAAUGUCACAGUUCUAGAAUACAAUAUAAAAUAUGUGAGAAUCCUUCUUGUCCUCCUGGAGUACCUGCAUUCAGGGAUUGGCAAUGUCAGGUCUUCAGUGUCAGGCCAUCAUAUCAGAAACAUGUGCAGCAGUGGCAGGCGGUUAUAGAUGAAGAAAAGCCUUGUGCAUUAUUUUGCUCUCCGAAUGGAAAAGAUCAGCGUAUACUGGUAACAGAGAAAGUGAUGGAUGGAACUUCAUGUGGCCCUCAGGACCUAGAUAUAUGUGCAAAUGGCAGAUGCCAGAAGUUUGGAUGUGAUGGCAUAUUAGGAUCUUUAGCAUGGGAAGAUCAUUGUGGUGUCUGCAAUGGAGAUGGGAAAUCAUGCAGAGUUGUUAAAGGGGAUUUUAAUCACACUCGAGGAACAGGUUAUGUGGAAGCUUUGGUGAUACCUGCAGGAGCAAGAAGAAUCAAAGUUGUGGAAGAAAAACCAGCUCAUAGCUACUUGGCUCUUCGAGAUGCCAGCAAACAGUCUAUUAAUAGUGACUGGAAGAUAGAACAUUCUGGAGCAUUCAACAUUGCUGGUACCACUGUCCAUUAUGUUAGGAGAGGCCUAUGGGAGAAAAUAUCUGCUAAAGGUCCCACCACAUCACCAUUACAUUUAUUGGUCCUGCUUUUUCAAGAUCAAAAUUAUGGUCUACACUAUGAAUACACUAUUCCCUUGGAUCCCUUGCCAGAGAAUCAGAGCUCCAAAGUAUCUGAGCCACUUUUUAUGUGGACUCACUCAGGCUGGGAGGAUUGUGAUGCUAUAUGCGGAGGAGGAGAAAGAAAGACAACAGUAUCCUGCACAAAGAUUAUGAAUAAGAAUAUCAGUUUUGUGGACAACAAGAAAUGCAAAUAUUUAACAAAACCUGAACCACAAAUCCGAAAGUGCAAUGAACAGCCGUGCCAGACAAGAUGGAUGAUGACUGAAUGGACUCCAUGCUCAAGGACAUGUGGAAAGGGAACUCAGAACAGACAGGUAGCCUGUACUCAGCAACUCAGAAAUGGAACCUUAAUCAGAGCACGUGAGAGAGACUGUCUUGGACCAAAACCUACUUCCUCCCAGCGCUGUGAAGGCCAGGAUUGCAUGACAGUGUGGGAAGCUGGAGUGUGGUCUGAGUGCUCUGUAAAAUGUGGCAAAGGAGUGCGGCAUCGAACUGUGAGGUGUACCAAUCCUCGGAAGAAGUGUGUCUUAUCUACAAGACCUAGAGAAGCAGAAGACUGUGAAGACUAUUCCAAAUGUUAUGUCUGGAGAAUGGGAGACUGGUCUAAGUGUUCCAUCACCUGUGGCAAAGGAAUGCAGUCACGAGUAAUCCAGUGCAUGCACAAGAUCACAGGAAGGCAUGGCAACGAGUGUUUUUCAUCUGAAAAGCCUGCAGCUUACAGACCCUGUCACCUGCAGCCCUGCAAUGAAAAAAUUAAUGUGAACACAAUUACAUCUCCUCGCUUAGCUGCUUUAACAUUCAAGUGUCUUGGAGACCAGUGGCCUGUAUAUUGCAGAGUAAUACGAGAGAAGAACCUUUGUCAGGACAUGAGGUGGUAUCAGCGUUGCUGUGAGACAUGCAGGGACUUCUAUGCGCAGAAAAUGCAACAGAAGAGUUGACCACUGGCAGGCAGGCUGGCUAGCUCUCAGCUCAUCACAGUCACAUUAUUUAUAAACACACACAAGCACGCUUCUUCAGACCAUAUAUUAUCAGAUUUACAUAUAAUUUAAUCAAAUUAAUUUAUUUUGCCUGCCAAGACAUUGUUUAUUUUGGUUAAAUAGCAUUUUUUUUAUCUCCAGAGAUUCCAUAAUUAAUUUUAUACGAAUUAUUUUGGAUACAUUUAUCAGAUUUUUUUUCUUAAAAAACAAAUACUAUUUUAAAUGUUUAUAUUCAGUAGGGUAAUGUGCCUCUCCCCUACCCACACCAAAAUGGAAAUAGUCAGUACAGUACUGUGAGUAGUUAGAGGUGCUAAUCCUGAUCACUUGAAAGCAAUGGGAUGAGCAUGCUUAACUGCCU